ACACGUGACGUGCUGCCGUCACGUGUCUGAAGGCGGAAGCUGACCGCAGAACAACCCUGAAGGAAGUCUCUCCUCACGAGGCUCAGCGACCGGGACCGAAGGACCGGCUCGGCUGGGGGGGGGACGCGUCUAACCUCGAGGGUCCAGUGGAAGAUGUUGUGCUUCAGGUGCAUUGUGGGUGAUGUGCUUAGAGGAAGAAGACUCCUCCUCCAGCAGACGGCCCGGCGCCCCCUGUCCCGGGGCCCGGCCCCCGCCGGCCCGGCUCUGAGGACCCGCGUGGCGGCGGCGCUGCUGCUGGGCGGCGGCCUGCUGGCGGCCUGGCGGUGGGUGGAGUCGGAGAAGCGACAGCAGGAGCGGCGGCGGCGGGUGGAGCAGCUACGCCGGGUGUCUCUGGGCCGCGGCGCCUUCAGCCUGCUGGACCACGGCGGGCGGCGCCGGACCAAAGCCGACUUCCUGGGCCGCUGGGUGCUGCUGUACUUCGGCUUCACGCACUGCCCCGACGUCUGCCCCGAGGAGCUGGACAAGCUGAGCGGCGCCGUGGCAACGCUGGACCGCGACGCCGCGCUGCCGCCGGUGCAGCCCGUCUUCAUCACCGUGGACCCGGAAAGGGACGACGUGCCGGCGCUGGCCCGCUACGUCCGGGACUUCCACCCGCGGCUCAUCGGACUGGCGGGCACGCCGGAGGAGGUGAAAAACGCGGGGCGGGACUACAGGGUGUACGCCAGCCCCGGUCCCAGGGACGAGGACGGGGACUACAUCGUGGACCACACAAUCCUGAUCUACCUCGUGAGUCCCGACGGGCUGUUCCUGGACUAUUACAACCGCAUGAAGGACCAGGACCAGAUCGCAGAGAGCGUCCGGAACCACAUCCACAACUACGACCGGCUGGACCCAGAACCCGGUAGAACCAGUCUGACUACCGGUCCUCUGUAAACAUAAUAAAGACCAUCUGAAGACGGCUCGUCUCCUGAAAUUAUAAUAAUCAUAAAAGAAAAUGAAUACAUUUAAUUAGGAAAGUAAAUAAAUGAGAAUCAAUGUAAA